CGACGCACGCGCGCGCCCGUUCACGCACCGCCUGACAUGCCCGGCUCCUCUCGAACCCUCGCGACCACCUGUGCUCAGAGUGAUCCCUCACUAGUGAUUCCUCCAAUUGGUGCUUUUCAGUGAGUGACGCCAGGAAUGUACCAGAACUCCCCAUGGACCAGUUUACGAUGCCCCAAAUUGCAUUAAAUGGCAGGUGCCGCAAACAAUCUAACGAACCAUGAACAGUGAUGCGAAGGAACUGAACGUUUCUACCGUGACGUGACAAAAAGCUCGCCAAAAUGAAAAACAGUGAGGAGUGUUUAGACUGAGUGACUGUUCAAAAAGAUAAUAAACAUUGUGAUAUUUAUUGAUCUUAUUAUACCUAUUAAGUUAUUGAAAAGACAUUGUAAAUUGUACAUAGAUGUAAAAAAGUGACAAGAGACAUUUUUUAUUGGGCCUGUGGGCGACUACUGGACUACAGCCCGCGGGACUACUAGAGGCGACGGCUGCCAUUGCAGGCAUGGGAAUCAAAGUCAUGAUGAAAGCUUUCAAUAAGCCAAAAGACAUCCCGUCGCAGGUGCCACCGCUCACGCCCGGCACCAACAAAAAGAUGGCCGAGGCGCUGAAGGCUACCUUCGCCUCCUGGGAGAAGGAGCAACUGCGCCUCGGCGUGCCCAAAGAUCCCAGACAAUGGAGCGAGGCGGCGGUGGCGGCCUGGCUACGCUGGGCGGCGCGCGAGUUCUCGCUAGAGGGCGUCGCGCUGCAGCAGUUUGCGCGCGCGCAGGGCAAGGACAUCUGCGCGAUGGGCCGCGAGGAGUUCGUGGCCCGCGCGCCUGCCUUCAUGGGCGACAUACUGUGGGAGCACCUGGAGAUACUGCAGAAAGACGUGGAGAAGGAGCGGUCUCUGCUCGCGAACGUGCCGCCCAACAUGUACGAGAGCAACGUGUGCCUGCCCGAGCUGCCGGACUACAUCCCGCCGCCCGCCCACCACUACAACAACAACAACAAUACUGGCGGGUACACAACAGGAGGUCCCCGCGAGACCCCCGGCUACGGCUACACGGAGGCGUCGGGCGCGCAAGGAGCCCCCGCGCCCACGGCCGCGUCUCCUUUAGAGGAGUACUACCAGCCGGAGUACCCCGCGCCCCCCACCGCGCCGCCCGCGCCCUCCUACCUGGAGGACUACUACCACCACCCGCACGCGCACACGCAGCCGCUGCUGCCGCACGAGCCCAAGUACCAGCCGCACGCGUACUCCAAGCCCUAUCCCAGAGGAGCGGGCGGCAGGUACGGCGGCGAGGGCUACGGCGAGAGCUACGCGCCCGAGUACGGCGGCGCGUGCGCCGAGUGGGCCGAGUGGCCGAGCGAGCAGCACGCGCUCAUUCCGCAGGACAAGCUCGCCUACCCCGCCUCGGGGCCCUGCUUCACCGGUUCAGGGCCCAUCCAACUAUGGCAGUUCCUGCUGGAGCUGCUCACCGACAAGAGCUGCCAGGGCUUCAUCUCGUGGACCGGCGACGGCUGGGAGUUCAAGCUCACCGACCCCGAUGAGGUGGCAAGGCGCUGGGGGAUCCGCAAGAACAAGCCCAAGAUGAACUACGAGAAGCUGUCGCGAGGCCUGCGCUACUACUACGACAAGAACAUCAUCCACAAGACUGCCGGCAAGCGUUAUGUCUACCGCUUCGUGUGUGACCUGCAGAGCUUGCUCGGUAUAUCACCGGAACAGCUGCAUGCGAUGUAUGAGCCCAAAAUGGAGAAGAAAGACGACGACUGAGAAGAAGCGCGCCGCCACCCACCCUCACUCGACACACCAUACGAUGUACUUCGACCAGCUCUAUCAAUCUCUUCGCAUACAACACUUCGUAAAAACGUGUGACGAUUAGCUGUCUAACAACCAUGUUUAUAUGAAAAUAAAUACUUGCGAAUAAAACACAAGACAGCUUGCGUUGCUCGCUUUUAUGAAGAUUUUUCCGACUGAAAUGAAUUUACACAAAAAAUACCGUACAUCCUUGUACUUGUUGCCAGUUUUCGAUUUCACUUUUCAGCUGCAUUAUGUAGACCAAAAAUAUUAUUAAAAAAUCAUCAGAAACAUGG